CGGCCGGGAGGGGCGGGCUGUCCGUCUGUCCGUCUGUCUGUCUGUCCUGGGGCGGGUGGCGAUCUGUCCGUUUGGCGGCGGGGAAGGGGAACUACCUGUCCGUCCGUCAGUCUGUCUGUCCACGGAGCGGGGAGGAAGGCUCCCUCCUGAAGGAGCGAGGAGGAGGGCUGUCCGUCUGUCCCGGCAGUGAGCCCCCUCCCAGAGCCCCUCCAUGAGCUCCAAGGCCAAGCGGGUGCUCCCCACCCGCCCUGAGCCGCCCACCGUGGAGCAGCUCCUGGCCGACGUGCGGGGCGCGCCCCCGGCCGACCCCGUCCUCCUGCUCCCGGCUGAGCCCCCCCGGGGCAGCGGCGGUGACCGCGACGGCCCCGUGCCAGGUGAGCCCCGCGGCAGCAGCGGGGAGGAGCGGCUGUACCGGCAGUGCCGCGGCUACGUGGAGAUGAACCGGCGGCUGCGGGAGGCGCGCAGGGAACUGGCGGAGAAACGCGAAGAACUGAGGCGGGCGGGCACGGCGCUGGAACGGGACAUCACCGAGAUGCGGCAGAAGGCGUUCUGAGGUCGGGACGCGGCACGGCCCGGGGGUGUCACCGGGAGCCCCCCCUCCCCCCCCCCGGCUGCUUCCACGUGUUCCCGGCGCACCCACAGCGCCGCGUUUUAGCAGCAGCGCCCGGCCUUCGUCCCCACCACCCGGCCGUGGGAGCAGCUCCGCUCCCCUCCAGCACCAUGGCCGCGCGCCGUGGCUUCGCCUACGACUUUUCCAUCUGGCACUGCCCCGAGGACCACGCCGUCGCCUCCGUCAUCGCCGAGUUCUUGAGGAAAAAGGGAUUCCGGGGCUACGUGGAGCACUGGGACCAGGUGGCCGGCACCUCGGUUGUGCUCAGUGCCACCGAGGCCAUCGGUGCCAGCAGGAUGGGCAUCCUCCUGCUCUCCCCCACAUCCCUGGGGGACGCGUGGUGCCGGCGGGUGUCCGAGUGGAACCUGCAGCACGUCGUGGAACGCGGAGGCACCAGGGUGCUCCCCGUGUGCCUGGGGGUGAGGAAGGAGGAGAUGCCGCCCUUCCUGCAGCACCUCACCCAGCUGCAGUACCAGACCCCGUUCUUCUUCGAGCGGCUGCUGCGGAGCCUGGCAGCAUCCCGGGCCCUGCCUGGAGAGCCGAGGAGAGCUGGAGCUGAGAGCUGAGGGGCAGCUGGUGGCGGUGGGUGGGGGUCUGGCGGUGCGGUGCUGCUGGGAGCAGAGCGGUGUCAGACUGCACGUAAAGGUGGUGGGAACAGGACACUGUGCUGGGUGCGCACCAUGGGACGCUGUGACGGUGCCCCUGGGGCUGUGGUUAUCACAAAUCUUGCGAAAUCCUCAAUAAAGCCCUUCUUGGGGACUGG